AUGAAUAUGUAUUUUGAAGGCUAUGGUUACCGUGGAAGUACUUUUGAGCAGACCUAUCGCUGCUACCCUGCAUCUUUUAUUGACAAGCCACAGCUUGAAUCUGGUGACAAAAUUAUCAUGCCACCUUCGGCACUUGAUCGUCUUGCGUCUCUGCAUAUUGAGUACCCUAUGCUAUUUGAAGUACGCAACACAGCAGCAGAACGCACUUCACACUGUGGUGUCCUAGAGUUCAUUGCAGAAGAAGGGAUGAUCUACAUGCCAUACUGGAUGAUGCAAAAUCUUCUUUUGCAAGAAGGAGAUAUGGUGUUUAUAAAAAAUGCCAACCUCCCAAAGGGCACAUAUGUGAAGCUGCAGCCUCAUACAACUGACUUCUUGGACAUUUCAAAUCCCAAAGCAAUCUUGGAAAAAACUUUGCGGAACUACUCUUGUCUAACCACUGGUGACAGCAUUAUGGUGGCAUAUAAUAACAAGAAGUACUACAUUGAUAUAGUUGAAACAAAGCCUGCCAGUGCUAUAAGUAUAAUUGAGACUGAUUGUGAGGUUGACUUUGCCCCACCACUUGACUAUAAAGAACCUGAGCGACCAAAACCUACUGCUCCUCCCAGCGCUGAUCCUGCUGCAGAGGCUCAAGAUGAGGAGGAACCAAAGUUCAGCCCCUUCACUGGUCCUGGAAGGCGCUUGGAUGGGAAGCCUGCUAAAGAUUUGGAUGCAUCAUCCUCUUCGCCUGCAAAGCGACAAGCUAAUGCAACCAACAGUGUUCAGCCCUCAGCAGCCUCCACACCACAGAUCACGGCGCCACGUAAAACCACAGGAAAGCUUGUCUUUGGCUCUGGUGGAAGCCAGUCAUCAAAAGGAACAGAAAAGGUGCCCGACAAGGAUGCAAAGGAGGAUCCGAAGAAAGAGGAGCCGAAGUUUUCAGCAUUCACGGGAAAGAAGUACUCCUUGAAGGGCUGA